AUGGCGUCUCGACAGCGGAUCGUAAAGGCGGACAACAGCCCCCCCACGGAGGUAGAGAAGGAGGUGGAUCGGUGCCUCGCAGACAUUGAGCGGAGCAUCGUGGGUCUGGAUUACAAGCGAAAGAACCUGAAGGUGAGGCCUCGAUCGAGGACCCUCACAAACGUACAGGACGCUAUGCUCGAUGAUAUCGUCGCCCCCUCAGAGGUCGUUGGCCGCAGGUGGCGUGUGCGUGCUGAUGGCUCUAAGCUGAUGAAGGUACACCUCGACCCUAAAGACAGAGCAAAAGACAACCUAGAGGAGAAGCUGUGGACGUUUGCUGCGGUGUAUAAACGCCUCACCAACAAAGAUGCAGCUUUCCUUUUCCCUGAUCAUGUUUAUUAA